AUGAUAGUGAGAAGUAGUCAGUUAGCUGUGACCGAUUGUGGAACAGAAGCAAGACGGCCAGAGCUCACUGACAUCGCAGUGCAGUGUGGCACUUCAUCCAUUGGUCUGGCAAUUCAAAUCUGCCCCGUCAUCUACACUGGCUACAAUGACACUCUACUGAUCCUGAACCAUAAGAUGGACCCAGCCUGUAGAGCAACCCUUGAUGACUCUGUGAAUCCACCUGUUGCUCGCUUUAAUUUCCCGCUAAAUAUGACCCACUCUUGUGGAAGCAUAUUCAGGACCACCAGUGCUGCUGGGACAGGUAUAUUCUCAGACUUUUCCAACAUCCAGACGGUCAACAUCAGCGGUGUUGUUCGCUCCCUCGAUCUUACAACAGGCACGAUCACUUACAAUGCUGAGCUGAAGUACUACUACUCCUGCGCCUAUCCCUUAGAGUAUCUGAUCAACAACACCCAAAUCGAUGUGUCUGCCUCCUCCAUUGCAAUCAAGGAUAACAAUGGAAGUUUCAUCAGCACCUUAAAUCUGGAACUGUUCAGUGAUUCCAACUUCACCCAACCAAUGAUCAUCCCACAGCUGGGGAUUGAACUGAGGACCAAUGUGUAUGUCGAGGUCAAGGCCACCAACUUGACAGGGCAGUACCAUGUCCUGCUGGACCAAUGCUACGCCUCUAUCUCCCGACUGCCUACUAACUCCACCAACUUUAAUCUGUUUGUCCCCUGUUCAAAGGAUCACUUCACCACCAUGAUUGAGAAUGGAGACAGCCAAAGUGCCCGCUUCUUCUUCCCGGCCUUUCGCUUCAUUGAGCAGGAAAACGAGACGGUGUCCACAUACUACCUCCACUGUAUUACCCGGCUGUGUGAGAAAAGCACUUGUAGCACCUUCAAGCAAUGCAACAGCAACCGAAGGAAGAGGAGCACUCUGGACACAUCUGAAGAUGGAAUAACCAAGACUUACACCAUCUCCUCCCCAGAGAUCAUCACCAACUCUGAGGGCAGCAAAGCGAAGCCCCAUGAUGCCCGAGAAGAAGAAAACAACUCAUCUGUUGGACUUGGUGUGGCUGUUGGCGUCCUUGCCUUUAUUUGCUUUAUUGCCCUUUGUGUUGCAGCUGUGUUUUACAAAAGGCUCAGGAACUAA